AUGCUGUGGAUAUUUUGUUAUUUCCUUGUCUGUGUUUCGUUCACCAACCUUGAAACUGCUGAGGAUCAAUGCAGGUCAGAAGUUGAUAUUCGUGGCAUGGCUCUCAAAGGUUUCGUUCUAAAGAGGAUGACAGUAGCAGCUCCUCAUAUCUGUGAUAUCUUAUGUGAAAGGGAAACUAUCUGUCAGAGCUAUAAUUUCAACAGAAAAGAACAGAUCUGUGAAUUAAACCAUCGCACAAAGGACGCGAGACCCGAGAAUUUUCGCUCAGACCCAGCGUGGUUUUAUAUUCGCCGUUUGAACGGAAGAGCUCCCUUGGGUUCGAUUCCGGAGUUACCAGCACGUUCAUGCCACGAGAUAAAAGCAAGCGAAGGGAAAGACACUGUAAGCAACAAAUACUGGCUGGAUCCAUCUGGCACUGGGAAGGCAGUUUUGGUUUACUGUGAUAUGUAUUUAGAAGAUAUCGACGAAUGUAUUGACGGAAUACACAACUGUGAUGUGAACGCUGAGUGUAACAAUACCCUGGGAUCUUACAAAUGCUCGUGUAAAGAUGGAUUUCAUGGAAAUGGAACUAACUGCACAGAUAUGGAUGAAUGUGCUGAUAAAACACACGACUGUGAUAUGAAUGCCGAUUGCAACAAUACCCUGGGAUCUUACGAGUGCUCGUGUAAAGAUGGAUAUCAUGGAAAUGGAACUAACUGCUCGGACACAGAUGAGUGUUUCGAUGGAAUACACGAUUGUGAUGUGAAUGCCGAGUGCAACAAUACCCUGGGAUCUUACAAGUGCGCGUGUAAAGAUGGAUUUCAUGGAAAUGGAACCAACUGCAGAGGAUUUACAGCUGUUUUUACAACCCUCAAUGCGAGUGAAGGUGGUAAGGGUCCAGUCUCAAUUGGGAGCCACUACACAGGUCAGGAUCAUGACGGACAAGUUACACUAUUUAGUGGUAUUCAGCAGUGGACUGUGCCACACACUGGUGAAUACAGAAUAGAAGCAAUAGGAGCCCCAGGGGGGUACGGUAAAAACAGCGUUAUUAAAAAUGGAGGAAGAGGAGCGAGAAUGAUUGGAAACUUUAAUUUGACCAAAAAAGAGAACAUUCGUAUACUUGUUGGUCAAAAGGGGAGUCAAGCGAAGUCGUCCAGCAACUCAAAUGCCGGAGGUGGUGGAGGUACAUUUGUAGUAAGAGGAAGCAAUACGCCUUUGAUUAUAGCUGGAGGUGGAGGGGGAGUUAAAAAAAUGUCAGGACAAAAUCCAGGAUGUGAUGCGUCCAUAAGCGCAACAGGGAAUGCAGGGAACAACUCGCCUUUAGGGUCCGGAGGAAGCAACGGAAAUGGAGGAAAAACAAGUGGUCAAUCUCCAGGUGGUGGAGGUGGCGGCUUCUUCAGUAAUGGAAAGACUGUUAGUGGUGGGGGAAAAGGAGGAAAAGGAGGUAAAGGAUAUAUUCAGGGAGGAGAGGGUGGAGCGUAUUGGGGUGGAUUCGGAGGUGGCGGUGGUUUUCGUGGAGCCGACAACGGAGCUGGUGGUGGCGGUGGUUACUCUGGGGGAAAUGGAGGUGGGAAUAAAGCUUUUUCCUGCGGGGGAGGGGGGGGAUCUUUUAACAUUGGGGCAAAUCAGCUAAACGAAUGUUGUUUUAAUAGCGAUGAACAUGGUAGAGUGAUCAUCACAUUUCUUCAGUGA